UCACAUUCGUACUUCUUCACCGCAAGGGAUGUAUCCCAUAUCGGUUCAAUAUCUAAUCCCAUAUUCGGAAUUGUUAAACUUAUUUCUAAGGCGGUGGCUUGAUAUUAGCGUAAUACAUUCGUUUUCCAUGUAUUUUUUUCUGUCUCCCAAUUCCCGGUGUGCAUUUUUUGAUCCGUACAAAAUUUGUGGUGCAAAAUGCGAAAGUGAUCCGGAUGAUGUGAUAAAACACAUCAAAGAGGUAUACGAGCAUCAUGAAGACAAAAGAUAUUUUCUUGCACCUUAUCAUGACAACGAUCACUGGAAGCUUUUAAUAUUUGAACCAACCACUUCAAGCGCAUUCAUUGUUGAUUCAAUAAAAAAGGGAAAGUCGGAGGAAAGUUACCUCAUUUCAAAGCUAAUUCCCAGUGGUUUCGAGAGAACUUUUACAUGGACAGUUAUCAAUUGCUACCAACAACCGGGCUCAUGGGAAUGCGGUUAUAUGUUGAUAAAACACAUGUGGGAGUUUGUUGAGACAAUUCAACAUGACUUUAUUAAUCGUAAAUGGAAUACACAAGAGAAGACUUCGGGUGAGGAAAUUGAAUCUAUGGUCGUAGACUUGAUGGAGCGUUGGAUUAAGGAGGUGUUUGGGAUUCGGACAUGAACUCCGUAAAGGUGUCUCAAGUGUUCAGGUUGCAAAUGAAUUAGGGAGAGGAAAUGCCAAAGCAGCCAAAUUCUCAAUUAAAGUCUUCUUGGGGACUCUUAUUGCAGUUGGAUUGUUUUUCUUUGUUCUCUGGUUGGUUUGAUUUUUGGAAGAAAACUUGCCUACGCGUUCACCACUGAUGAAAGAGUUGCAGAUACAGUAUCAGACCUUUCUUUGCUCCUUUCUUUUUUGGUCGGUUCAGGAAGUUAUUGUAUGUCAAUUUCAUCUUUAGAGUUAUUUGUAUUGUUGAAGUUCUGGAAAACUUUUGCAAUAUUGUGUUACUUUGAAAUCUUAGUAUUUUAUGUUCUUGGGUUGUAUUACAUUUGUUCUAAUUA